AUGAUCUACACCAAUGCCACAAGGAUGAGAAGUUUCUUCAUCCUUGGAUUCCCUGGACUUUCACCACAGUAUUAUGGACCUGCGUCAGCUCUGCUUUCUUUCAUCUACCUAGCUAUUGCAAUAGGGAAUAUUUUCAUUUUAGCAUUUGUUGUCUAUGAGAAGUCCCUGCAAAAACCAACAUAUCUGGUCUUUUGUCACCUGGCACUGAAUGACUUAACAUUUGGCACUGUGACUCUCCCAAAGAUCAUAUCAAAAUACUGGUUCGAUGAUAGCUUUGUUUCAUUUUAUGGUUGUUUUACACAGAUGUUCUUUGUUCACUAUUUAGGCUCAGUAACGUCUUUCAUCUUGUUGGUAAUGUCUCUUGAUCGGUUUAUUGCAAUUUGUAUUCCGCUGCGUUACCCUGUCCUAAUCACAAACAACAUCAUAUCUGUGCUCUGUGGGUUUGCUUGGUUCAUACCACUGCCCUUGAUGGUAGCUGUUGUACUCCAUGCCCUCACUUUAAAGUUCUGUAAAUCAAAUGUCAUUGCUCAAUGCUACUGUGACCACAUCUCUAUUACCAGUCAGGCAUGUGGGGAGGAUGUUGAAAUUGUACAAAUCACUACUCUCUGUAUGGCCAUGUUUUGUCUUUUGCUCCCUCUUGCUUUCAUCUUGUGUUCUUAUUCUACCAUUAUUGUGAUCAUUAUGAAAAUGUCCAAUGCUGCCGGCCGCAAGAAAACCUUAUCAACUUGUACCCCACAAAUAUUUAUCACAUGUCUUUUUUACCUUCCCAGAUGUUUUGUUUAUGUAGCUAAUACUGUUGGAUUUUCUUUCAGUUUAGAUGUUCGCAUUUUAUUGAUUUUGCUGUACAGUCUUUUUCCCGCAGCCGUUAAUCCAAUCAUAUACUGUUUCAAGACUCAGGAUAUCAAGCAGACAUUGAUAAGGAAGCUGAAAAGGACUAAAAUUGGAAUAGAGAUAAAACUUUCAGUGUAA